AUGUCAGCCGAGGAAGAUCUAUAUGAGUCGGUGUACGCCGUCCCUCUGUCCUGCGAAUCGUGUGUCAACUCUGUGUCAAAAGCACUGGGAACUGUUGAAGGCAUUAAGACCUUCAAUGUGGAUUUGCAGAAACAGCAGGUUUCAGUGGAGGCCUCGGUGGCUCCGUCAGCCAUUAUUCAAGCCAUCCAGACUACUGGUAGAGACGCCAUUAUCCGUGGAGCGGGGAACUUGAACAGUGCCGCCGUUUGCAUCUUGGAAUCUUUUGCCGAGGAAGAUAGCGCGAAUCCAGUGAGAGGACUUGCCAGGAUCGUUUCUGUGGGCCCCUCCAAAGUGUUGAUUGACCUUAGUCUCAAUGGCUUGCCAAAGGGAACUUAUUUUCCAACCUUCCGUGCCUCUGGUAACAUCUGGAAGGGUGCAUUGACCACAGGUGAUUCCAUUUUGGAUCUGGACCCUAUCGCCGUUGACAGACCUGCCAAUGGAUCUUUCUCUGGUCAAUAUUUCAUCAAGGCACCUGCCAGUAUUGCCGAUCUGGUCGGAAGAUCUAUGGCAAUAUCCACUGCUAAAGGUCAAGUGUUUGACGGAUCUUUGGUGGGUGUGAUUGCGAGAAGUGCGGGUGUUUGGGAGAAUGACAAGAAGGUUUGCAGUUGCACUGGGAAGACUGUUUGGCAGGAACGUGCUGAUGCUGUGAACAAGGGUAUAACGGCAUGA